AUGACAAAGACGUUUGGGGUCAAUUCUUGCACUGACGGGCAGCCAGUGGAGUUCUUUGGCCACAGGGUGAAUUCUGUGAGGCUUUGGAAGUCCUGGCUGCAUCCGACUGGGGAUGAGGCCAAGAUAGCUGAGAUGACCCCGCCCUCACACUGUCUCGUCCACUGCCCCAGACACGGCACUACAGGCGGCGGAGUGGCCAUCAUACACAGAUCAUCUCUUGCUCUACAUGUCAACAAAAACAGUAUGUCUCACAAGUCUUUUGGAAAGCUGGAUGUCCUUGUCACAUCUGGCCAGUCGACUGUAAGGUUGGUGUGCAUAUAUCGACCCCCACCUUCAGCUCGCAACAAGCUUACUGAUGACAAUUUCAUCAACGAAAUUGGUGGUCUAUUUUGCUCUCAUGAUAAAGACAACAUAGUGUAUUUAGGGGACUUUAACAUUCACUUCAACUCACCACAAAAGCCCAAUGUUAAGAGAAUGCUCGAUCUUCUGCACUCCCAUUCUCUUAAACAGAUUGUCAGUGAGCCUACCCACAAAUCUGGGAACAUUUUGGACUGGAUUAUUUCCUCACCUAGCUGCGGUAUCAUCAAGAAUAUCCUUGUUCAGGAUAGACAGAUGUCAGACCACUCUGUGGUUGCUCUUAAGUUGUCUCUGAUGAAAUCACCAGUUCAACCAACAAUCAUCAAGUGUAGGAAUCUGAAAGAUAUUGACGCUGAGGAUCUAAAAGAUUCUGACCUGGUAUCUUCACCCCCGUCGUCUGUUGGUGAUCAUGUGACAUUGUACACAAUACCUUAUACCUCACUCCUGGAUAAACAUGCUCCGUCGGUGGAGAAGAAAAGACAUCUACGUCCAAAUGCCCCAUGGUACAGUAAGGAAGUAUUUACAGCCAAAAGGAGACGACGACGGGCAGAGCGUCAGUGGCGCAACUCACGACUGGAGGUUCAUAGGCAGAUAUUUCGCGCUAGCAGAAAUCAAACUACCUCUGUAAUUGCUAAAGCUAACCGGGGUUAUUGCUUGCAGGAGAUAGAGAACUGUGCAGGCAAACCAGCUCGUCUUUAUAAGUUUAUCAGGCAGCUGCUUGAACAUCCACCGAAUGAUGAAGUUGAACAGUACAACAAAAAUAUGGCAGAUUCAAUAAAUGAAUUCUUCGUCAAUAAGAUUGACAAAAUUCGUGAAGGACUGUCAGAAUGA